AUGAAAGAACAUAUAUUUUGUAAGUUUCUAGUCGUAAUGAUGUUGUUAUCAUCAUCUCAAAUUCAGGGUAAGAGAUGUGAUGAUUCAGGCAUAGAAGUUCUUAUAGCAUGUCCAUAUUCUAUCUACAAGGAGUUUCCAACUCCGCCAAGACCAUCUCAAGGUUGUUGCAAUCUUCUCCAUAUCAUCGGAAUGAAAUGCGUAUGCGAAGUUAUCAAUAAGGAAAUCGAAGCCAUCAUAGAUAUGCAAAAGCUCGUUAAUUUUGCUGCUGCUUGUGGCCUUCCUCUUGCUCCUGGUUCACAAUGCGGAAGUUACCUAGUUCCCGGUGGCACGAAGCGACAACAUGAGUAA